CCCCAUUACUACCUCCGAUUACUACCACUACCAACUAUUACGGCUACAACCUAACGCCUCCAGACCGACAUACAGAGUCAAGAGUCAUUUUCCUGGAAUCGCUCCAACCAUCUUGCUAAGACUCCGCCUCACUGGGUAUCCAUCCUCCACUUCCUUGCGACGGUGUACUUCCCCGUUCAAACGUCCACCGCUAUUUUCCCUCUUACUGGCCCCCUCGAAAGCCCUACGACGGGGUCUACUUGCCGACCCGAUCUGCCCCUCACGAGCUGAAUACGCCCGCGUUGGUAGUCCCUGCAGAACGACCUAAUCUUGUCUCUGGCCAGUCCCUCGAGUUGGGCCCCCCGCCGUCAUGUCUGAGUCAACUAGCGCAAAUACCCCGAAGCCCAGCAGUAGUGUCAAACUGGUACUUUUGGGUGAGGCCGCCGUGGGCAAGUCGUCGCUCGUCCUACGAUUCGUCAACAACGACUUCCAAGAGAAUAAGGAGCCGACCAUUGGAGCGGCCUUCCUCACUCAAAAAUGUUCUCUCCCCACCCGCACGAUUAAGUUCGAGAUCUGGGAUACCGCCGGCCAGGAGCGCUUCGCCUCGCUCGCCCCCAUGUACUACCGUAACGCCCAGGCGGCCCUGGUGGUCUACGACGUGACCAAGCCGUCGUCGCUGACCAAGGCCAAGCACUGGGUCGCCGAGCUGCAGCGCCAAGCGAGUCCCGGGAUCGUGAUCGCCCUCGUGGGCAACAAGCUGGACUUGACCAACGACGGGAACGAGACGGCCGGUGAGUCCGCGGCCACCGACGAGGGCGCGACCCCCGCCGGAGAGGGCGAGGGCGCCGAUGGCGAGAAUCAGGCGGACGAGGAGGAAGAGGAGCAGGAGGCUGCCCCGGGGGAUGCCCGCAAGGUGUCGACUCAGGAGGCGGGUACCUACGCGGAGGAGGAGGGCCUGCUGUUCUUCGAGACCAGCGCCAAGACGGGAGUCAACGUCGUCGAUGUCUUCACCGCUAUCGCCAAUGCCAUCCCGGAGAGCAGCCUGAAGAGCGGCCGUGGGCCCGGUGCUGGAACGGGGCAGACCACCCUUGGGGGUGCUCGGCCGGCGGAGGAUUCGCGGGUCAACCUGGGCGAGCGAACCGCGGCGACGGCGAAAGAAGGCUGUGCCUGUUGAUAUUGGGUGGGAUAGUUUGAUUGUUUUGUA